UAUCUUGUAAAUUGAUGACUAAACUCAAUAAGUAUUAGAGUUUAGUUACAUUGUUUUAAUAUUAUAAUAAUAUGUAGAACUGAUUUGUAUUUUCAGAUGCAGUAGGUUCUUGUUGGCAACAAACACUAGAUGUGGUCUAUGACAGUUUAUACACAGUAGACAAUAAAGCUAGACAAUGGAGGAAGACAGCCAGGAGCUGCACCACCGGCCGACGGGAGUGCGGAGAGCGUUCACAAUGAGGAACAGUGUGGCCAGGCAGGCCGUGUCUUUCAUGCCGUCAAGACAACUGCCUUAUAACACAUUGCGUCGAGCUCACUCGGAGCACAAUGCCCUGCUUGAGGAUGUGGUGGACGGCAACACGGGCUCCGCCGAGCAGCAAGCCAAAAUCAUCGUCAGGGAGCUGGAACAGCACGAGCUGCUCAUGGAGGAUAACCCUGAAGCGGAGGAGCUGAGGAGAGAGGCCCUCCGCGACCUGCCCCAAGGGCUGACGAUGAAGCGGCAGGUGCGCGCGCAGCUGUCGGCCUCUGUGAGCCACCGCUCCAGCCGCCGCCCGCUCUCCUUCUGGCAGCGGACCAAGUAUAGAGUCAGCUUUGGGUGGAAGAGGUCUCGCGAUCGUCUCCGUAACUUCAUCUUCUCCAUCGAGCCGUGGUACGAGGCGAUCCGGCAGAUCGAGGGCCACUCAGGGUCCGCCGUGGGGGCCUACUUCUGCUCUCUGCGCUGGCUGGUGGCCGCUGACCUGUUGCUUCUGGUGCUGUUGUUGAGCUUCGUGGUGGUACCUCAGGUGCUGCAUGAUAACUAUGUGGUGAGGGAGGAGGUGCCGCGGUCGGUCAUGGACUUUGUUGGUGGACAGGGCAUGUUCUCCGAUUCCCUUCUGUUCUACGGGCACUACCACUCGGGCGGCGUGGCGGCGCCGGGCCCGCGCUACUACAUGCCGCUCGCGUACUUGUUCACCAUGCUGGCCGCGUAUGUGGCCAUGCUGUGUGUGCUGUGCUACAGAACAGCCAAAUCCUACCGUCAAACCUUCAUAGUGACGGGCGGCGGCGUGCGCAACGUGUUCGCGAACAAAGUGUUCAGCGGCUGGGACUGCUCCGUGGCCACCGAGCAGGCCGCCCGGCUCAACCACCGCAGCAUCUAUAAUGAACUCAAGGAGCUGCUAGUGGACGUAAACAAGCCAGUCAUAGUCAUGACAUUCCUCACCAAACUCUGGCGGUACACCGUCAACACAGCAGUAUCACUGAUAGUGUUGGCACUCAUCGGGUCUAUAGGCUACGGCACUUGGAGUCUACUGGGCUUGGAGGUGGAGCAUUACUACUGGCCGAUAGCUGUGUCUGGAAUUGUGACUGCUAUCGUCACUGUGUGCCCGCUACUGUUUUCUGCUGUUGUCAGACUGGAGUAUUACUCAGCUCGCACGGCGCUGUACGUGACGCUAGCUCGGACGUGUCUGCUGGACUUCGGCACUCUCUUCCUCAUAUUCUACUUCUGGGCUACGAGCGAUAAGAGUUGCUGGGAAACUACCUUCGGACAAGAGACAUACCGUUUGGUGUUGCUAGACGCAGUGUUUUCUUUGAUUUUGUUGCCAGCUUUCGAAUUUAUUAGAGGAUUGGUAUAUAAAUAUCAGCCAAAAGGCUCUCCACCGGAGUUCAACAUAGCGUACAACUCGCUAACUCUGAUUUACAAUCAAACGGUGUUGUGGUUCGGCAUGCUAUUCUCGCCCCUAUUGGUGGUCGCCGUAACGGUCAAGUUCCUACUGCUCUUCUAUGUGAAGAAAACCGUCGCUAUGAAAGCUUGUUUGCCGGCUAGAAAGGUGUGGCGGGCGGCGCAGACAGAGACCGUCAUGUACAUGCUGGUCACCGUGUCGCUGUUCGUCACUCUCUUUGGUAUCGGCUCGCUGUUUAUGGGUAAGCCGUCCUACCACUGCGGUCCGUUCCGCGGCUACACGCUAGUGGUGGAGGUGGUGACAGAAGGAGUGCUGGGUCUGUCGAAGAACCGUCGGCUCAGCGCGCUGCUUGUGUUUCUGACGAGGCCAGCUGUGAUCGGGUUCAUAUUUGUGUUCUUGUGUAUCGCAGUGUACUACAUGCGCGCGCGAUCACUGGCGCAGCGGUCUAUGGUGGAUAUUCUGCGACAGAUGCUCGUCAUAGAGGCUAAAGAUAAGGACUUUCUGCUGACGGCCAUAUCGAAGGUCUCCAAUGGAGAAUGGCUCUACAGCCCCCGGGACGACACCAAUAUCCAGGACAAUUCGUACACUUGGAAAUACCUGCACGAUGACAAAGUACGCAAGCCUUCCAACUCAGGCUAUCAGUUCGCUGGACCACGUCUCAACCACGGGGAAACUUCUAGACAACAGAGGGAAGAUGUUAAGUCUUUUGUGAAGGAAGAAGGGGAUACGGAUAGUGAGUUCAGCUAUAGGGCCGAUCCUAGGGGCGGGGUGGGUCGACGCGAGUGGCUUUAAGUGUAGGAGGUAAGGGGAUUUUUUGGUUGCCA